CAGGUACUCAGGUACUCAGGUACUUCUCCCGCCAACCGCGCUCCCAGCAUCUGCGCAGCGGGUAAGUCAACUCACGGCAUCAUCCCACCAUGGGCCACUCGGGGGGACGGGGGAGACACAGAGAUGGGGGCGGCAGUCGCAUACCGCUCUAGAGUCUAGAGGAGUUUGCAGGUCCGCAGCGCACAUAUCGGAGCGCAGUCCCUGCUCAGUUGGGGCAUUCAAGCACUGGUCGUUCUUUGGCCGCAAGUCCGCAAGCCCGCAGCCCGCAACCUGCAAGCCCGCAACCGCACAGGACCGCUCGAUGCGUUGGCCUGCAAGUUAGUUGCUUUUUCCCGUCGCCAUUGGGUCAUUUGUCUCGCCUUGCGUCGACUCUUGGCUGGACUUUGGAUGAACUUCGCCCGAACUUCGCCCAAAGUAGCCUGGAGUUGCUUACAUUCAGCAGCCCAGCCCAAGACACGUCUCUGCGUCGCCUUGCUCGGACGCUGUCUCUUGGUCAUUGACGCUUUCCCAACUGUCUUAUCUGCGCCAGAGCAGAGUCCCUCCGUCCAUCACACCUGUGAAACCUUGUCCAAUGGGGCCAUGGCCGGGGCACUGGUGCGGGCAAGCCGUCCGCGGUCGACGCGAGACUUGCGACGGCGCGUCCAAAACCCCAGCGACAAGGGUGGAUGUGUGGCAGGGUCGCAGCGAAUGGCACCAUUCCCCAUGGCAGAAGCAAGUCUUUCUGCACCCAAAGGGUCUCUGGCACACCUUGGCUCUGCACAGAAGCAAUUCGUCGCGGGAAACCAACAAGCACCACCGCCGCGGUUCGUUUCAGGUAGCGUCUCCACCUCGGCUGCCCUGUCGCCCGCCCGCUGGUUGUCGUGAUGGUGGUUCUCGGGUGGUUCUCGUCCUGUCAAUCCCCUGCCGGGCGUAGAGGCUUGCGGAGGUGGCGGUUGACUCCCACCCGCACCUCCUUACUCGUUUCCCUGCGACGCGCUGGCCAACUACCGGGAUUCGAUCUCUCGGGUCCUGGCACGGCCUGUGUGGUGUGUUGUGCUGCCACUGCUGUGUGACCCUGAGAGACCGAUCGUGUCGCGGACUUGCUUCAGCGCCUCCCAGCCGUGCAAGAUCCGACCCCAAAAGCAAGCCCUUGAUCGGUGGUGGACCAAGACAUGCAUCACCCAAGGUCGACAGCUCGUGCCACGACAGGGAGUCGUCCGGCUUUCCCAUGCCACUCCAUGCCACUCUAUGCACCUCCGCUCCGGAAUGCCAGAUCUCCUGCUGGUUGCCGGCAGCUUGUUCCCAGUCUCACCCUCAGCCUUGUCGAUAUGCCAGCCUACGUCCAGUGCGUCAAAGGCGUCCAAAGGCGUCAAAAGUCGCACGGGCGCACAAGUCGCUACUGCUACUGCCGCUCUUACCAUUGCCACCACUGCAAGCGAGGUUUUGCUUCUGUCAUUCUCAACCUCGGCCGUCGUCCAGCCCGGUUCUCGGACGGCGUUGUGACGAUCGAUGGGUAGAGGAUCUGCACCCUAGAGAACACACAGCUUCGCUUGCUUGGCUGGUUUUCGUGCCGUUUGUUUCGAACUUGUCAGAAUGUCCCUUGUGGCGUGUCAAGUAGUUAGUCGUUCGUUACUCCGUAGUGGGCAGUGAUUUGUCUCGUUGUCUUAGCCAUGUCGUCACUUGGUUCAAACCGAGUUGGUUCCCUCCCGGCAGAGGAACUCCCCGACACCAUGCAUGAUUCACUCUGUUUAGACGUUACCAGGUACCCGAUUUCAGCUUUGAUAACGACUGGGAGUUGCAG